AUAGCAACCAACAUGGCGACGUUGAAGCUUCAGGGUAGCGGGGACAGAUUAGCUGGCAGCUAGCAGCUAGCAAAACAUCUGUGAAAGAUGAUAACUGUGAAAAUAAGUGUAUGGAGUAUUUGUGAUAUGUCUUUAUUACCUCAUGCGUUCAUAUGAACGUUUAACGUGAUGGUUUCCGGUGAAACACGAGUAUUUUGAGUAUGAGACUCCAGCCAGAGUUUAUCAUCAUGGACACUAAACCAGGGUUCUGUUUUGGUUCAUCUGGCAAACUGAUGAAUCAGUACUUGAUUAAAGACCACAUGGUUUCACAUUACAGAAAGAUGUAUUCAGCCAAAGCUGCUGUGGACUGUUCAGUGCCUAAAAGCUUGCAUAGCAGUGUCAAAUAUGUUGAUCAAAAGCGGCGUGAGCAGUUAAGGAAAGACACUCGAAGUCAGUCGAGAAGGUCUGAUUCCCAGAGGAGCACUAGGAUCAACUCAAGAGCCUCCUGUUCUUCCAAGAAUAGCAGACCGUCCGUUCAGGGUGGCGAUGGUGCCUAUCAUUACCUGGACCAAUCGCUGGGGUCAUCGCCCAGAAUCAGCACCUCGUUUCAUUCCAAACAAAUUGUAUAUCCAUCCCAAACAUCUGGAACCCCUGCGAACCACUUCCGAUCUGCCUCCGAGUUGAGUUCCCGCAGCCCAAACCCUCAUUGGCAGGACGCAGGCCCGUCCUGUGCCACGUCUUCCAGUCAGAGAGGGUUUAAAAGCUUUCAGGAUCCCACACAGAAGACCUACAGUGGUGACAUACUGCUGAAACACACUCAUCGCUUCACUCCGGAGAAACCCUUCACUCCGAGAACGCUGAAAUCACACCACCAGUCCACACUGUUACAGUAUCGAUAUUACACUCCUCCACGGAGGAAAGCGGAAGAGGAGAAACCGCCCUCUGUUAUUGGACAGGAGACGCGCCACCGGAGCACACGCUCCAAACAAGGCUUUUCUCCACACCUCGAGUCGCUUCAGACAUUUGCUGUUGAUCACGAGUGGUCGGAUGAAGAAUCAUUUAGACGUGAUGGCAAGACACACAGGUUUAAGGACAGUGAUUUUCUUCUCUCGUCUUCCAGGGUUUCACCAGAAGGCAUGAGAUCCCCCAUAAUGAGGAAAGUUUCAGCAGAGGAGGAAGAAUUGAUGUACCUGGAGUUCAUUACAGAUGUGACGAAUGACAUCCUUACUCAGGGCCUUUAUUCUGACAGAGUACUGAAGAGACUGUUUGAACGGCACAUUGAUAUGAACAGGCAUCGAUUAGAUGAGAACAAAAUGCGGCACCUUCUAGACAAUCUGCAGAAGGACCUGCAAGAUCCUCCGGCUGCCUUCGUCCCGUCUCUGGGCGCAGAAGAAAAGCGUCUGCCUUCAGAUGAUGUUGAGUAUCUUCUUCAUGACGUGUUUGUUGAGGACCGAGGACAGAUCGAGGACAUCAGUCCUGCUGUAGCGUCCACACCUGUAGGCCACAGCCUGGAUGAGGAGUUCCUGAGUGAUCAUGCUGAAAAUCCCAGGAACGAAGCGUUCGAACCGGUCGAUGAACUUGGGAAAAUCAUGGCGGAGUCGUUAAGUGUGUCAGAGACUCAACGGGAAGUGUUCGAACCAGAGCAAACGAGAGGCGAUGUCAGUGAUGAUGAGUUUUAACUCUUUCUGUAGAAUAUCAGGUUUAACUUUUUUAAGGUUAUGAAAGGAAAAGGCAUUGUGUUUUCCAGGAGUUGAUUGUUAUACAAAGCCAUUACAGUAUUUUCAGCAUGUUAUGUACGACAUUGCUGAAUUUUCUGCUCAUAAUGUGGUUUAUUGUUUAUGUAGUCAUUCAAAACUCAUGCUGUGACUUUUACUUGAGUGUUUUAGUUUGUGAAGCUGCAGUGUUCAUAUUUAGUGAUAUACUUGAUACAGCAGAUUUUUAUUUAAACUUUGAAAGAUGUUCAUCUUUAUAGCUUUUGCAUUUGUUAAACACACACAUAACCAUCAAUAACUAGAGGUCAGUCUACAUUUGUUUGAGUUUACAAUGCAUAUAUUUUUUUGUUGCAGUAUUCAAAUAGAAUUGUGUGUACUUUAAAUACUUGUUACACUGAAAUACACUAUAUAAUUUACAUUGUUAGCUUUGUUUUAGCACCUGUUGAUUUAAUUGUUUUGAUUUUUUUUAACUACUGAGAAUGAGAAAUGAAAAACUGUUACCAUAUGUAUUUUUAUAUUUCAGAUGACUUUUACAGACUACUGUAUUUUUGUUGCGUGGAAUGGCCUAUAAUUAAAUGCUUUUGCAAUCAAAUUUGGUUCGUGCGAGCAUGACCAUGAGAAUGAAAUCACAAGUGUUCUCUAACUUCCGUUACUCUAGAAUGUUUAACAGAUAACACUGUUUUAUCGCAAAUCCGAAAAAUGAUGAUAAAGUCUUGUUGUUUAUUACAGCG